AUGGGUCUAAGCAAAACCGCAACCGUACUCGUCGCGGUUUUCGCGUUUUGUCUCGUGGCGGUCACGGCACAGCUCGCUUACGUUUUAUGGUGGAAACAUCGUUUUCGUCGCCGGAGUAUAGCCGGAUCAGAACUCGACGCGUUUUCCUCACGCGGCGGUGACCCGACAGCGACACCACCACCGUCAAAAGAGCUUCUUUACUUCUUCCUCUUCUGUCUCGAGAAUAAACAUCUCCGAAUUGGAUCCGCCACAGCUCCGCCGCUUCCUUCAGCCGCACCACCGAUCAAUGACGUGGCGUCGAAGUGGUCAAUCAGAGGAGAAAAUCUACUUACGGGACCUUCCGAGACUCUGUUUACCAUCGCUGAAGAGAUUGAUCAUCGGACGGUUGAGAUUGAACCACGUGGGAGCGUAUCUAUGGAGGAUCAUGUGAAAGAUGAUGAAGUGGAAGAUGGUUUUGUCAUGACGGAUCAAAACGAGGUUGACUCUAGUAGCGACUAUGAUCACGACGGAACGACGCCGUUUUCUACUCCGUGUGGUUCUCCGGUUCGUGAUGAUCUCUCUCUAAGACGCUAG